AUGAACGUGACAGAGAUCUACUCAGGAAUAACAAAUGAAGGAAACGCUUCUGGCAAUGCAAGCCUGGCUGUCGUGGACUUUGACUCCCCCCUAAACAAAAUCAUAAACUCCCUCGCCAUCGUCAGCCUCUUCAUCACCAUGAUAUCCCUCGGCUGUACAAUGGAGAUUUCCAAGAUUAAAGCCCACAUCUUCAAGCCAAAAGGAGCAGCCAUUGCACUGCUGGCCCAGUUCGGCAUCAUGCCCCUCACUGCUUUUGGUCUAGCCAAAGUCCUACAGAUGGGCCCCAUCAAGGCUGUGACUGUGCUCAUAUGUGGCUGCUGUCCAGGGGGAACCUUAUCAAACAUUUUUUCCCUGGCCAUUAAGGGUGACAUGAACCUCAGCAUUGUAAUGACUACUUGCUCCAGCUUUGCAGCCCUAGGUCUAAUGCCUUUGCUGCUUUACAUCUACUGCCAAGGUUUCCCCGGUCUUGAAAGUGCUGUCCCAUUCACCGGCAUCAUCACAGCUCUCGUGCUCACCAUGGUGCCUUGCGGCAUUGGCAUCAUCAUUAAUCACUACAAGCCAAACUACUCACCAAUGGUCAAAAAAGUUGGCCUCAGCAUCCUGAUAAUCUCCGGCAUCGCAAUGUUAACUCUGUCUGUCAUUGCCAUCAAAAAGAUUCUAUGGAUAGCUCUCACAGCAGAUGUUGUGGGAGUGGCUGCACUGAUGCCACUGAUUGGCUUUUUUCUGGGAUAUGUCAUGUCAGUCAUAUGUGGAUUUGAUGCUCAAUGCAGUAGGACCAUCUCCAUGGAGACAGGGUGUCAAAACAUCCAGCUGUGCUUUGCCAUCCUAAAGAUGGCCUUUUCCCCACAGGUCAUGGGACCCCUGUUUAUCUUCCCCCUGAUAUACAUCACAUUCCAGUGUGCCGAGGCCCUUCUCCUGGCCCUGUGCUUCAGAUGUUACCAAACAUUCAAGGCAACAGCUGAGGGUAAAUGUCACAGCUGCCUCUUCCUGUGA